UAUGCAUCGCCAUUGAGCGAGUGCUGAACUUCAAUGUGUGAGCAGGCCUUAGUUGUUCCGUGAGGAUAAGAAAUAAUGGCGUCUUCAGGGCCCGCGCAAGUCUUCAUCAGGUCCAAUGGCACUACACCUCCUUGGUCGCAUGCUGGACAAAGCGUUUGUUCCAGCGCGGGGACCCUGAGGAGUGUCCAAUGUCAGCUGAAACAACAGCAGUGUAAGCUCACGAGGGCAUUGAGUACGUCCUUUGUUUGUCAUCAACGUGGGUUUGACCAGUUGCCACAGCAUGUACGUGCAUAUGUGGAAAACAAAGUAAAACUGUGCCAGCCUAGUUCUGUACACAUCUGCGAUGGCAGUGACUCGGAGAACAAGCACUUAAUUGACCUUAUGCUCAAGUCCGGGAGCAUCGUACGUUUGCCGAAGUACCGCAACUGUUAUUUGGCACGAACAGAUCCAGCAGAUGUUGCUAGAGUGGAAAGUCGCACUUUCAUAAGUACAGAACGCAAGGAGGACACAGUACCCACACCAAAAGAAGGUGUCACAGGCACCCUAGGCAACUGGAUAUCACCUCAGGACCUGCAAAAGGAAUUUGACAAGAGGUUUCCAGGAUGUAUGAAUGGUCGUACUAUGUAUGUGAUUCCAUUCAGCAUGGGCCCGCUGGGCUCCCCUCUGAGCAAAAUUGGCAUACAGCUGACAGACUCUCCCUAUGUGGUGGCCAGCAUGCGCAUCAUGACGCGCAUGGGGCAAGAUGUACUCGAGGCACUCGGGCAGGGGGAUUUCAUCAAGUGCCUUCACUCUGUUGGGCAGCCGCUACCAAUGAAAACUCCUCCAAUAAACAGCUGGCCGUGCAAUCCUGAAAAGACAAUCAUUUCACACAUUCCUGACAACAAUGAGAUUUGCUCCUUUGGUAGUGGCUAUGGUGGCAAUUCUCUCCUGGGGAAAAAAUGCUUCGCUCUGCGAUUAGGCUCUAUUCUUGCACGAAGGGAAGGCUGGUUAGCUGAACACAUGCUGAUAUUGGGCAUUACCAACCCUAAGGGCGAAAAGAAGUACAUAGCUGCAGCGUUUCCAAGUGCUUGUGGCAAAACCAACCUGGCCAUGAUUACGCCGACAUUACCAGGGUACAAAGCUGAAUGUGUGGGCGAUGACAUUGCCUGGAUGAAGUUUGAUGAAGAUGGAGUUCUUCGGGCCAUCAAUCCAGAAUAUGGCUUUUUUGGAGUUGCCCCAGGUACAUCGUAUGCAACAAACCCAAAUGCCAUGAAGACCGUUGAAGAAAACACCAUCUUUACCAAUGUAGCAGAAACAAGUGAUGGUGGCUUUUGGUGGGAAGGCAUGGAACAUCCCCCUCAAGGUGUAAAAAUCAGGUCCUGGUUGGGUGAUGAAAACUGGACUAAGGAUUCAGGAAAACCUGCUGCACACCCCAACUCGCGAUUCUGUACACCAGCUCGGCAGUGCCCCAUUAUUGAUGCAGCGUGGGAAGACCCUAAGGGUGUGCCCAUAUCAGCAAUACUUUUUGGUGGCAGGAGACCAGCAGGCGUCCCAUUAGUGUAUGAAGCUUUCAACUGGGAACAUGGGGUGUUUCUCGGAUCAACCAUGCGAUCGGAAGCUACAGCUGCCGCUGAACAUAAGGGGAAAGUCAUCAUGCACGAUCCAUUUGCAAUGCGGCCCUUUUUUGGCUACAACUUCACACAGUACCAAAAGCACUGGCUGAGCUUUGGCAGUAAGCCAGGCCUUAAGCUGCCCAAGAUCUUUCAUGUCAACUGGUUCCGCAAGGGCUCCAAUGGAAAGUUCCUCUGGCCAGGCUUUGGUGAGAACAGCCGUGUCAUAGACUGGAUAUGCCGACGUGUUGAUGGCGAGCCGAACACUGCACAGGAAUCUCCAGUUGGUCUAAUUCCAUCACACGGUGCUCUAAAUCUGCAAGGACUUGAAGAAGUGAACAUGAAGGAACUUUUUAACAUCAACAAAGAUUUCUGGCUCCAGGAAUGCCAAGAUAUUCGGAAGUACUUCGAUGAACAACUUGGAACAGAUCUGCCAGAAGAUAUUGCCAAGCAGUUAGAUAUGCUAGAACAAAGAGUGAAAUCUAUGUAGGUUUCAUUCUAACUAUCUCACUCUGUGUUGGAGAUCUUGACGUACAUUCCACAUAAUCAUGAGGGUAUUUGCAGGAACCCAACUUUCUCAAUGAAGACAGAUAUAAGAAUAUUCAGGUUGAGUAAGGGUACAGUGUAGCAUAUUUUUUAUACAGCAUUUGCCGCCUUUUAGCUGACCACUUUCGGACUAUCUUGCUGGAAGAGCUUGUACAUACAUUUGUUAUAUUUAUGUAUGUUUUAACUGUUGAAAUUUUUAAACUGUUACUUUAAAAGAACAAUGUUCCAAUGUAAAUGAAAUUUUUCUUGCUAA